UCUCAACUCGUUACUAAAGGCACCGAAGAAAACGAUUCAGCGACGCAAAUAUCAUGGCAAAUAUGGAUUUUUGUCAACUACAAUAAAAACUUUCCUGAAUUCAAUAAUAUCCGUUCUGGUUCAGCUUUCUGAAGGAUUCAAGUCCAGUCUCAAGAGGAGCCAGUGCAGUUGAAUUAGAGCUGGGCAUCAGAAGUCAAAGAAUUGGUUAAAAUGGAGCAAGGUUCGCCAUCUGCAAAAGUAAUUUCCCAGCACUUUAUGAAUGGACGCUUAAAAAAUGAAGAUGACAGAUCACUAAUCUUGCAAUCAGAUUCCAUUAAGUCAGAAAUACAAGUUAAAGUGGAACCUGAUCUAGAUGACACCUCAUUGCUUGAUGUGAACGAACUAGGAACAUUUCCUCAUUCACAGGGGAAUAUUAAAGAGGAGUUUUUGGACCUCGGGCUGCAAAUCUUACCAAUUGGCCUAAUGCCUCCAGUUGAGAUGGAAGAAGAGUUUGAAAUCACAAAGAGCACACACAGUUCUCCAGAUGAGCCUCUGAACAGAAGAUCUGACUCAUUGAGCAAAAGAAAAAAAAGCACAGACAAGCAGACAAUGACGAGAAAAAGAAAAUUAACAGAGCGAACAGAACAAAUUAUACUAACUGAAAUGAAUUCUGAUGUGUCAAACAAAGGAAAGAAAUGUUUAGUAAUGCAGGGGGGGAAAGGCAGAACAUCUGACAAACAGCGCAAAGAAGAGCGAUUUCAUUGUGAAACCUGUGGGAAAGAAUUCCAGCGGUCAGAUCUUCUCACGGAUCACGUGAAGAUUCACAGGAGACAGAAACCAUACGCUUGUGGUCAGUGUGAAAUGAAGUUUGCCAAGCCCUCGUAUUUACAAAUACACUUGCGCAGACAUGCCGGUGACAGGCCUUUUCCAUGUAACCAGUGUGAGAAGAGGUUUUUUGACAUCUAUGACUUGAGGGUGCACCAGAGAGAUCACACUGGAGAGAGACCUUAUAUGUGCCCUGAGUGCGGGAAGAGUUUUAAACGUGUUUACGUACUUAACAAACAUAAACAGACGCACUCACAGGAGAGACCUUUCCAGUGCUCUGUGUGUGGUAAAGCAUACAGAUAUGGCUACAGUUACAGGUUGCAUCUAAAAGACCAUCUUGAUUAGGGUCCAUGAUGUGUAUCAGCACAUUUCUUAACAAUCAAAGGGUCUACAUUUUUAUUCAUUCUUUAAACGAUUAAUGUUUGCUUAUGUAAAGUGGAAAACGAGUUUUCAGUAUUUAUUUCACUUGAGAAGGCUUUUUGACUGAAAUUGACUAAAAUCUUUUUUUUUUUUUUUUAUCUAUACUUUUUAUGGUGGUUUGAAUGAGUCAUCUCAUCCUCAUGACUAUGUUCCCCUCUUGAAGAGGUUGUAGUUUACUCAUGUAGUUAUCCAAUGAUUAAUAAGAGACAGUUCUUUUGCUUUUUACACAUUUUUAAUGUUUUCCAAGCAGCUUUCUGUAGCAAGCUUGCAUUAAAAUUAGAGGAUUACAAAUUUAAGUCUCAGUUCUCUUAUUUUUAAGGACAUUU